AUGAUCGGCGUGUUCAGCACGGUCGUCAGCCAAUCCCGACUGGGUCGGAUCAAGCUGGUGAUCAUCGACAACCCGGCGUUCCGCGUCCACUACCGGCUGACGUUCGCCAUGCUGCUGGCGUGCACCACGCUUGUGUGCAGCCGUCAGUACAUCGGAGAGCACAUCCGGUGCAUCGCCACCGGCGUACCCAACAACGUCGUCAACACGUACUGCUUCUUUACCGCCACGUACACGGUGCCCGACACCAACCACUCGGCGCACCCGGGCGUCGGCCCCGUGCACUGGGACUCUCGCACCGUCCGCCACUCGUACUACCAGUGGGUGCCGUUCGUGCUGUUCGGUCAGGCCUUGCUGUUCUAUUUGCCGCAUCUCAUAUGGCGCACGUACGAAUCGGGCACCAUCGCGCUGCUCGUCAACGGGCUGCAGCGGUUGUACCUUAGGGUGGAAGGUGACAAGGACGUAUCAGUGCCCGGUAACAGGAACAUACCGUCCGAGGCAACCAGGUGGUCGAAGAUGCGCGACGUCAUGAACCACCUGGACACGGUCACCCGGUUCCGGUUGAACCGCAACUGGGCCGCGGUGCUCAUCGGGUGCGAGGUGCUUAACCUGGUCAACGUCUUGCUCCAGAUGAAGAUCAUGGACAAGUUCCUUGGUGGCCAGUUCUACGGGUAUGGGCUGCACGCGUUCGACGACGACGACAACAGGUUGUUCGACCGGGUGUUUCCCAAGAUGACCAAGUGCGACUUCCACAAGUUCGGGCCGUCCGGCACCAUGCAGACGCAUGACGCCAUGUGCGUGAUGGCGCUCAACAUCAUCAACGAGAAGAUCUACGCCGUCCUGUGGUUCUGGUUCGUACUCAUCCUUCUGCCCGUCAGCGUAUCCGCGCUCCUUUGGCGCGUCGCUCAGUACAUGCUCCACUCACGUGAGUCUUUCAACCGGAUUCUGCUGCGCGAGGCGUCCCCUGGUGCCCGCCUCGACCCCGUUGACCUGGCCGUCAUCGCCAGGCAGACCACUUACUCCGACUGGCUGUUCAUGUACUACCUGUCCGGCAACAUGGACGGCAUCGUCUUCAGGGACCUGUUGCACAGUUUUGCCACCGGACUCCGCAAGGAACCAGGUUCGCAGGAUAGCGACGACGACGACACGGCGCCACUGGGCAAGGCAAUCAUCUGA